AUUCUACGCGCGAGUUAGUAACCAAACUGGUUUGUAGUUGGUUCCUUUAGGAAUGGUUGUAUUCUUAUAAGAAUAAAAAUAACGUUUUAAUUUAAAAGUUUAUUGACAUUAAAUAGUGUUCAAAUUUUUUUCGUAACCAUUUGUCAAGUGGACUUACAACUCAGUAGGUAGUGUAUUAUGAAAAGUUAAAAACUUUAAUUUUUUCAACAAAGGCGGGAAUCGCAGUGUUUAUGUUUCUCGAGGAGUCUUUACAGAGAUCGCUUGGGAUUUUUGAGGUAAUAUAAUGCGCGAGAGCCUGCGCCGGCUGGCGGGGUCGGGCAGCACGUCGGAGGAGGGCAUGGCGCGGGCGGGCAGAUGUACUAAGCGCGUUCGCGUGCAACUCUUGGACGGGGAGUAUAUCAGUAUUGACGUUGACCGUAAAGCGCGAGGUGUAGACUUGCUGGACCGCAUCUGUGAUGACCUCGACAUAGUUGAGAGGGAUUACUUCGGUGUGAUUCGCGCGAACCAGACAGAACAACGUGUCUGGAUAGACAUGGAGAGGACACUCGCCAAGACAUUCAGAAACGAGCCGUGGGAAGUACGUUUCGUGGUGAAAUUCUAUCCACCAGAGCCUUCGGAACUACGCGACGAUAACUCCAGGUACCAGCUCAGCCUGGCCGUGAGACAAGACAUCAUGGAAGGUAGGUCCUCAUUUCAUGUAUUCAGUUUUUAUUUAGUUUCUUAUGAUCUAGGGACCAGCUGCCUGCGCUUCCGCCUGCCCUCCACCAGCGCCUGCAAGCUGCUGUGGAGGUGCUGCGUCGAGCAUCACAUCUUCUUCAGACGCGAGACGCCGGUGUGUGUGGAGCGCGUGCUCGGGUUCCCGCGACUAGGCGCGCGCCGCGUCUCCUGCCGCCGCACGCUGCAGCAGCUGCGCGCCCGCGGCACACACACACACUGUACAGAACCGCCGCUAGUCACAUGACUUACAGAAAUAAAAAUAUCACACAAACUACAGUA